AUGAAUUUUAAUUUAGUUUACCUUUUUCAAGCGGCUGGCAUACUGGUUCCUAGCAUGGAAGCUGGCGCCGUUUUGAGUAUUUCUGCUCAGUCAAUUCCUGUUCUAUUAUCAGCACCCGCAGACGUAGGACUCGCUCAAUUUAAGUAUGUCUAUUUGCUUGGUAAACGAACUCUUCCUUUUAUUGCUGCCGGAAAUAUGCUGAUCCAAGGAUGUUUGGCCUACUGGGAACGACCACGUAGUGUCUUGUCUUCUAACCUGUACCUUAUUUCAGGAUCGCUUAGUGUACUCAUUCCUCUUUAUAGCGUAGUAUUCAUGGGCAACACCAAUGGGUCACUGCUUGCUAUCAAUCCUGAUAUAGUUUUGAAGUCCAAAGAAGCAACAGAUACAUUUCGAAAAUUACUUCAAAAGUGGAGUAUCAUGAGCUUGGUAAGAAGCGCUUUAUUGUGCGGUUCUGCACUUUCCUCUUUUGCUGGCACCUUUCUGUUUUAA